UCUAAAACGAAAAUUAUCUUCUGAAACUUUUGAAAGCAAACCAAACCGAUGCUGUUGGGAUAACGAAGCGGACACGUGUCUAUUAUCAUAUCUAAAACAAAAUAAAGAUAAAAUAUUAAAACUGAAUAACCCUCAUAGUAGUGUAAAAGAGGGACUAUGGUAUGGUGCCUCUGAGUGGAUGUCCAACUUUGGCUUUAAUUAUUCAGAGACACAGUGUUACAAUAGGUGGAAAAACAAUAAGCAGCACUACACGAGCGAUAUCUUUCUAUUAGAAAGAAUUCCUGAGCCGGAAAAGAACACGGGACGAUGUAACUGGGGUUACGAAGCAAAUAUUUGCUUACUAAAAUAUUUGGAACGAAACAAAAAAAAAAUUCGACAACUAAGUAACCCUCAUAGCAACGUAAAAGAUUCACUCUGGGGUGGUGCCUCUGAUUGGAUGCUCGUCAAUGGCUAUAUUUAUUCACAGAAACAGUGUUCCAAUCGGUGGAAAAAUGAUAAGCAACAAUACAAUAAGGGUAUUAAUAAUGGAGAUGGUCAGUUCAAGGCCACCAUAAUAAAAAGCAUCCUUGGACAAUGUUGCAUGUCUUUACAUUGCCAGGAUGAGUGAGGAAACAAGACCAAUAGAAUGAUGCGUUGCCACAAAAUUUUUUUUUUUGUAAAAAUGGGAAUUGUCACGAUAAGACUAUUUCAAAUCUGGCAAUGAAAGGUCACGUGCUUUUUGUGACGUUUUUUGAUGGGUACACUUCAUAGUUAACAUGAACAUGUUUUCAUUUGUGAAGGUGUAUUUGGAUCAUUCCCAAAUUCCACGUUAGAUCUUUAUAAAAUGAAAAAUGCUUAUAAUAGUAUGACAAUUUAUUUUAGAAAAAGUUCUUUUGCUGCAAAAAUUUUUCUUUUAUUUUAUUAAAGAAAAUCAAAUAUAUUAUGAGUUUCAAUUGAAAUUUUCUUUUAAAAAAACUAGCAGUUGCCGCUUCGCACCGGGAGUAGUAGUAUUACUAUAUAAUAUUAAAUUUUUAGUCACAAUUAGAAGCUCACUUUGAUUAAUAAUUAGAUUAUGAGAGUAAUAAAAUAUAAAUUAAUUUAAAUAAAA